AUGUUAGCAGAACCUAUAAAUAUUAAGAAAUGGAUUGAAGAAAACAGUCAUUUAUUACAACCUCCAGUUAAUAAUUAUUGUCUUCAUAGAGGUGGAUUCACCAUUAUGAUAGUUGGAGGUCCAAAUGAAAGAACUGAUUAUCAUAUCAAUCAAACCCCUGAAUAUUUCCAUCAAUUAAAGGGUCAUAUGUGUUUGAAAGUCGUCGAUGAAGGUAAAUUCAGAGAUAUUAUCAUUAAUGAAGGUGAUUCAUUCUUAUUGCCACCAAAUACUCCUCAUAAUCCAGUUAGAUUUGCUGAUACUAUUGGUUUAGUGGUGGAACAAGAUAGACCAGAAGGUGUUAAUGAUAAAGUCAGAUGGUAUUGUCAUGGAUGUAAAGAACCAGUCAAUGAAAAUGAAUUUUAUUUAACUGACUUGGGUACUCAAAUCAAAGAAGCAAUUGUUGCCUUUGAUGGUAAUAUUGAAGCUAGAACUUGUAAGAAAUGUGGUACCUUAAAUUACUCUAAACCUCAAUAA